AUGGUGCCUGCCGUACGGCCAGCCUGUCACGAAAGCUCGCUUCCCGAUCAAUGGGAAGCUUUGCCAGCAGAAUGGAUGGUCAUUUUGGUGGUCAGGCCAAGGGAAAAUUACGUUGUGCCGGUCAGGGUAUCUUCUUGUCCGCUAGAUUAUCUCGGUGGAACAGCUGCCGAAGAAAACCCAGGUCUGUCGCGUGAAUAUCGAACAUGCGGCGCUGUAUGUCACUGUCCCCUACGUCUUGACAAAUGUGUCGCGUGACA